CAUAAGCUGCGAUACCAUGUUAUUCAUCGUGUCAGUAUACAUAUAAUCAGCAUUCAGCAUGCCAGAUCGGUGCGAUUCUCCGCAGGAUAGUAAAAACGCUUCAGUGAAUACAAUAUUUUCAGCAGAACUAUUUUUGUUGCUUAUAGUUAAAAGAAAGAACAUAAUUCAGAAUGAAGAUAUUAUUUUUUGAAAUAUUUAUUUUAUUAUGUGUUGCCAUACACAAAGGUUCAGCAACAAAAUAUACUGUUACGAACCCGGGGCCUACAUUGGAGUUUAUGAACCUCUUAAAAAAAUGUACGGACUAUUUGGGUACCGGAGAAAUAACAAAAAUCAAUUUGUUAGCCUCAGAGAAAGAACAGGAUUUUUUAGACAGCUUAGAUCAAAGUGACAAAGCUGUUUAUGUUUUCGUAUGGUCACCAACUUCGUUCACAGUCGACGAAUAUGAGAAGCGUAAUCAGGAGUUAAUCGACUACAUAAAUGGGCGUGUGAGUCAAUCCAAAAUCGAUAUGUAUCCACUCUUUGUCGGGCAAGCUUCUUCAGUGCGAGCGCGUAUGAGUAAACAUCUUUCAUUACGUGCAUCAGGUAAAGUUGGCGCAUUUUCAAAGGAAGACAAAGAAACUAGGUUAGCUAUCGAUGAGCCGAACAAGAGAGUGUACUUCGAUCAAAUCUUAAGUCAAAUUUUCAUGACAAGAGUUGAGUUGUCCACUUUAGAAGAAGCUAGAAUGACAGAACAAUUUCUACUCUACGUGUUCACGCUUCCCUGUAAUAUUGUUUCGAGUGCAUGCAAGCUCACUGUAUUCGAUCGAAAAGAUAUCAACAACAGAAACAUAAUCAUGAAUGAAUAUAACACCGUCAGAAAUAGUAUAAAGUCUAUUUAUACAUACGUUCGCUUGUUUCCACAAGUAGCACCCUACAGAGACUUCUUUGACAGCUUGUUUCGAUAAAUACACCUUUUGAUUUGAUGAAACUAGGAAGAUAAACUUUUUAUGAGUGAACCAAUAUUUUUAUGAGAGAAACAAUUUUUUCAUAAGGGAAUUUCUUUAUCAGUGAACCACUUGCAUAAAUCAGAGAACCACACUUUUCAUGAGCGAAACACUUGCUUCGACGAAUAAACCAAUUGAUUUGAUUAAAGACUAUUUCCAUAAAAAAACUUCUGUUCCAUGAAGCUCGAUUUUUCAAGCAACGACUAUUAAACUUGAUGCGAUGUAUAUCUUAUUUUAUAGAAGAAUUUACGGGAAAUAUAACCGGGUAAAAAAAAACAAAAAAAACUGACGAUCUAAUGCGGGAGGCAAAA